AUGGCUACUGGAGGAAUGCAGGCCGCCAUCGAGCCGUUUAGCGGCAAGAACUGGUCAUCCUGGAUCCAGCGCCUGAACUUCUACUUCGUGGCGAAAGACGUCUGCGACGAAGAAAAGAAGCGCGCGCUCCUCCUGACGCUAUGCGGAGCCGACACCUUUGAAACUGCCUGCGCUCUGGUCGCGCCGAAGACUCCUGGAGAGGUGGGCUAUGCCGACAUAGUUGCCCUUCUGCAGAAGCACUUCGAUCCGCGACCGUCUGAGUUGUACAGCCGGUACGUGUUCCAGCGACGCGACCAGCGGCCGGAGGAGUCGAUCAGCAACUACGUUGCAGCCCUCAGAAGCUUGUCAGCUGACUGCAACUUCGGAGUGCCAGCGACAACGUCUGCUACAUCGACGCCACCGGCAGAAGGCCACGCAGCCGUUCUGGCGAACCCCACCAUGCUGCCCCAAGAUGUGAUGCUUCGCGACAGGUUCGUGUGCGGCAUCCGCGACGAGCACCUCCAGCAGCGACUGUUCGCGGAGAAAGACUUGACUUUUCAACGCGCGUUGGACUUGGCACUGUCGUCCGAAAGUGCGUCGAAGCAGCAACGAGGGCUUAAGGGAGCGACGAGCUCCGCGGAGGUGCACAGGACUUCGCAGUCUAAAAAGGAAAGCAAGCAUUCGGCUCAGCAACGGCGCUGCUACCGAUGCGACGGCUGGCACGAGGCUGACACCUGCAAGUUCAGGACAGCGCAAUGCCGUUUUUGUUCAAAGAAGGGUCACAUCGAGAACGCCUGCAUCUCCAAGAAAAAGAAAAGCAAAGAAGGCAACCUCAACGCCCGGCAAGGAACUCACAUGGUUAACGCCCAACCUGUGUGCUACGACCUCGAAGACACCGAUAGGUGCUACGACCUACAUGCCGUGAGUGGGCGACAACCCUGCCCUAAAUUCCUCGUUGACGUGAAAGUCGAGGGAAGGCCCCUGAAAUUCGAAGUGGACACGGGCGCCGCAUGUUCUCUCAUCAGUGAGGCUACCUACCACCAAACGUGGCCAUCGAACGCCCCAAAGCUUUCGAGAGAACCCCUAGACUUACGCACCUGGUCAGGGGAAGAACUUGACACCGUCGGUUCGGCACAGGUUCGUGUGCGUUUCAAAUCAAAGGACUACGUGCUGCCCCUGCUGGUAAUGAAAGGGACUGGGUGCAACCUGCUCGGACGUGACUGGUUCUCAGCACUGAACAUCCGUGUUCACGGAAUAAACCAGGUCGCCGAACCAAGUCAAGAGAUCCAGGAGGUUCUCGCACGCCAUCCUGAUGUAUUUAAGGAAGGUAUCGACGGCUACGUGGGUCCAUUGGUUCACUUGGACUUAGAAGAAGGUGCCACACCCAAGUUUUGCAAAGAUGGAACAUUUCGCGUUUGUGGAGAUUACCGGAGCACUGUUAACGCGGUGGUCAAGAAGACGGCGUACCCACUGCCGACAACUGCGGAGGUGUUCGCGAAGUUGCGCGGUGGGACGACAUUUUCGACGCUAGACCUGUACCAGGCCUAUCAGCAGCUAAGAGUGGACGACGAGACAGCCGCAUUGCUCACCGUCAACACCACCAAAGGACUGUUCAAGGUCCUGUCGAGGCUAAGCGACAAAGGUCUGCGACUCAAGCAAGAGAAAUGCCGCUUCGGCAUCAGCUCAGUCCAGUUUCUCGGUCAUAAAAUCGAUGCUCAGGGUGUCCAUACGACCGAAGAAAAGGUAAAGGCAAUCCUUGAGGCGCCAAAACCGACUGACAAGACCUCUCUGCAAGCUUUCUUAGGGCUUCUCGCCUUUUACGAUCGUUUUUUGGAGAACAGAGCGACAGUAGCUGCAGAGUUGUAUGGGCUUCUCGAGAAGAACACGCCCUGGAAGUGGGAGAAAAAACAUCAGGAUGCGUUCGAGAUGCUUAAGAAGAUGAUUCGGUCUUCGACAGUCCUUGCGCAUUAUGACGAAAAAAGGCCUCUCAUUCUGUCCGUGGAUGCGUCGCCAUACGGCAUCGGCGCAAUUCUCGCUCAAAAGGAUGCGUUCGGCCGAGAGGCUCCCAUUGCAUUCGCGUCACGAACUUUGGGAACCGCUGAGAAAAACUACUCGCAGCUCGAUAAAGAGGGCCUUGCGGUAGUUUAUGGCGUCAGCCACUUUCACCAAUAUGUCGCUGGCCGGCACGUGACCGUAUUAACGGAUCACCAACCGCUCCUAGGCAUCAUGGGGGAGAAGAAGCAAAUCCCCCAGAUAUUGUCACCGAGGAUGACUCGAUGGUGUCUGAAAUUGGCCACAUACGACUACGAUUUGGUCUACAGGCCUGGACGCCUGCACCAAAAUGCUGACGCGCUCAGCAGGCUGCCACUGCCCGCGCAGGUAGAUGAGCCAUGCUCCCCGGGAGAUGUGCUUAUGCUUGCGUCCGCGCCACGUUUCGAGCUGUCACCGCGUCAACUGGCUGAGCUGACCCGGAAUGACCCACUGUUAUCCCGCGUGAUGACAGCCGUCUCAAACGGAGAGCUACGCCGGUUGCACAAGCAGGAAUUUUCGGCGUUCACAAAGCUUGGACACGAGCUUUCGCUACAGGAAGGCUGCGUGAUCCGUGGUGCCAGACUGGUCGUUCCAGAGAAAGCAAGGAAAGACGUGCUCGACUUAGCACAUGCAGGUCACAGGGGCGUGGUAGCUAUGAAGGCGUGCGCUCGAGGCUAUUUUUGGUGGCCCGGUGUCGACAACGACAUAGAGCGGGUGGUCAAGAGUUGUGCAACUUGCUGCCAGCACCAGAAAACUCCAACUAAAGCACCAGCUCCCGAGUGGAAACGUGCGACAACACCAUGGCACACAAUCCACGCGGAUUUCGCUGGGCCUGUGGAGGGAAGGAUGCUCCUAAUUGUAGUGGACGCAUACAGCAAGUGGCUCGAAGUGCGCACCAUGCGGAACAUACAGUCGCCGACACUGAUCGAGGAACUGCGAAACCUGUUCGCAACUUUCGGCAUUCCCGAAAGGCGGAAGCGACGCCGCCGCAUGAUCUGCCCACAACGCCCGACUCCGAGCAUAGCGAAGCUGAGGCCAGGUUGGACACUUGUGCGACGCAAGCUCGCGAUGACCAACCCAGCGGGUCCGCGCAGCACCAAACUGCACCGAGGCCCCAACGUGAUCGGCGUCCACCUGACCGAUACGGUGACCCCGUCUAAGGGUACGCCGCUGGAGGAGCACGCGAAGAACUACGUGCGCAUUAAGCAAAUCAAGGUUGGAGAGAAAGUGUACAACGUCAACGCCUACUACUCCGCGGGUGACGGCUACUGCAAGGGUGUUAUUCGGAACGUGGACCGGGAAAUCACCGAGAAGGAACUCAACACUAUGAUUGUGCAUUUUGGGAAUCCGACAGCCAUGCAAGCCAAACGCAUAAAGGACACUGGUUCCGUGGUCAUCGUAUUUGAAGGCUAUGAAGUUCCGAAUCACGUCACGUUUGGAGGUGUUCUUCUCAAGUGCUACCUGUAUCGGCGGCAGGUGGAUGUGUGCUACAUAUGCGCAAAAGAUGUGAUGCUUCUCCUUAAAUCUCAAAUCAUUGACGACAGCACUCGCGAUGCCAGGGCCAUACUUGGUCUCGAUCUGGCUAAGGCGUUUGAUCACAUAUCUCAUGCCCACAUACUGGAAUCCAUAAAUGACAUGAACCUGGCGGCAUCACCAACUCCAACGAAUUGGCCCACGCCCGGGCGCGAGGACUUGCCUUCCGCGCGGGGCUUCACGGCCCUGGCACGUUGGACCGCUCCGCCCCGCCCGGGGCCGAUCCUCUGGAUGGGGGUGCGGCUGAUCGAGGGUCGCGGGACGUUCUAG